ACACCCGUCAGCGACAAAUUAUUUGAUUUAUAUACACAAAAAAAUAUUGAUGCGCCUAAAUGAGCAUUUUAGUCAAUUUAUUAAUAAACUAAAUCUUUAAUUAAUUGCCAUGGCAUCAACAUCAAAAGAGGACGUAAUAUCAAGCUCUCAAAUGUCUGAAAACACCGCGGAUGACUUAGAACCUGGCGCAUGUUACGAUAGCAUUUUGAAUCCUACAGAUUCAUUUGAGGAAUUCGCUUCUGAGAUGAACUCAAGCCUGGAAGGUCGAAAUACAGAUCUUAACCAAAAAGCGAGCACCAUAAGCGAGAUUCAGAGUGAAAUAGGUGAAAGUUCGAAGGAGUUAAAAGAAACGAAGUCCAGUGAUAAUUUGCAAAAUAAAGAUGAAGCAAUUGGAGCAUCGGCCAGCAGUUCCAACUUAGUGGACCAAAAUGGAGAUGAUUUGGAAAAUGAUGUUGACGACUAUCUUAAAUCACCAGAACUUGUUAAUAAGGAAAAGCAUGUGUUUAUAUUGAGUUCAGCGGGCAAACCUAUAUAUUCUAGAUAUGGUAAUGAAGACAAACUGGCAGGUCUCUGCGGAGUUAUACAAGCUUUAGUAAGUGUAGUGGAGGACCAGAAUCAUGAUAUAUUGAGGUCACUGAUAACAAAGGAUUGCAAGGCUGUAUUCUUAGUGAAGGGACCUUUGAUAUUGGUGGCCAUUUCAAAGUCGAAUGAGAGUGAAACACAACUAGUGUUACAACUGACGUAUGCGUUCAACCAAAUAGUAUCAGUUCUAACACUAACACAAUUGAAUCGAAUAUUCGAACAGCGUCGCAACUACGACUUACGCCGCUUGCUCUCCGGCGCUGAAAGGCUGAUAGAUAACUUGCUGAUAUUCAUGGAAAAAGAUCCAGCUUUCUUACUCGGAGCGGUCAGAUGCCUACCGUUGCCUGAGAAAGUCCGAGAGAAUAUAACAAAUGCGAUCACCACGACUUGCCACAAAAUAAGGGAUCUAGUUUUUGCCAUACUGAUCGCGGGAAAUCAGUUAAUUACGCUCGUGAGAAUGAAGAAGUAUACAUUGCAUCCGUCGGACAUUCAUUUGUUGUUCAAUUUGGUACGGAGUUCGGAAUCAUUUAAGACAGCUGAGAGCUGGACGCCGAUUUGUUUACCUAAGUUUGAUGCGACAGGCUUUCUCCACGGCCACGUGUCUUACAUAUCCGAAGACUGCCAAGCCUGCUUGCUUCUCCUCACAGUACAAAGGGACGCAUUCUACCCGUUAUCCCAAGCGAAACACACAAUAGCAGAGAAACUAAGACGAUCAAACUGCCUCGUUGCCAUAAACGAUGCCCUCAACAGAAACAAGAAUUUACCAACAACAAACCCUCUGAAACAUAUCGGCAUACCAGAAAUAAGGCAUUUUAUGUACAAAUGUAAAUCCACUGCGCAGUUAUUCACAUCAGACCCGAUCAGUCUGGACAGGCUACAGGAUUAUAGGCAAAGGCAUAAAGAAGGGGGCGAUGUGGUGAAGAAAAAAAUAGAAAAAAUGUCGGAUAUAGAUUAUGUGAGGAAUUACAGGGAGUUCUGUAGUCAGAUACAUUGUGCGUGUUCGCCUGCUAAAUUGAUAUUUAGGUCCAAUGCGGAUGAUUCCAUUUUGGCUUGGAUAACAAAUGGUUUCGAGCUCUACGUCACGUUUGACGCACUCAUGGAAAAGGAUCAUGCGAUUAGAGCAGUCGAUAGACUACUGAGGUGGAUCAAAAAUGAAGAAAAGAGAAUAUUUAUUAUGAACGCACCAACAUUUUAGCAAAAUUUUUUAUAUAAACUGAAGCAAUAACCCCUGCAUGACUCAGCUUAGAUACAAUGUGUUAAUAGGAAGAUAUAAUUUGAAUUAUUUGGCCCUAAUUUUAACAAAAUUUGAUUUUAUUUUAGUCGAGCAAUAUGUCAUUAACAGUAGCAAAAGUAUGUUAUUUAAAGGUAUAUUGAAAUCUUUUAAACACAAAUGAAUGUAACAUUUUAAAGGGUUAUUACUACUAGAGUUAUGCGUAAGAAAGAUACAGCAAUAAUAAAUCAGACUUUUUGAUGAAUAAACAGAGCGAUAUUCUACAAUAUUUAUUAUUAUUACAUUGUAUAUUUAUUGAAUUACCAAUAUGCCUUACAUAUUCAAUGAAAUCACAAUAAAACGUCAGUAGUUUGCGAAAUAUGUUAUAACUAUAUUGCUUGUAGUCUAGUAAUAAAACCACAAUAUAAUACUACAUAUUAAAACAUAAUUGGCAUGCAAUGGCAUUUUAAAACCCAAUAUUAUUAUUGUAUGCGAAAUAAUAUAAUUACAACUCAAUAAAAAAUAAAGUUACUGGAACAUUUUAAAUUCCGUCUAAUAA